AUGCGCAAUGAAGCUUCACUAGCCAAUGGAUCUCGUGUCGACAAUGGUACGAGGGGCCCUCCGUCGCAGCCCAGUUCUUCUGGUCUGCCACGGGUUCCCUCAAUUUGCCUGAUGUCAAAUGAUCGUUAUCCUGCGGCUAACAGUGGUGCUAGGGACGAUGCCAAUCAAUCCCGACAGACAAUUGCAGGCUUGGGUCUGUCUAUGCUGAAUGUGGGCGAUGCGGCUCGCUCCUUCGACCGCCCGCAAUCAGUUGCGUCCACCAUUCCGGACGAUUUCGACCUAGGUCAACCGUCUGGUGGGACACAGGCUGCAAGCAAGCGGCCUGCGACCGGACUUGGCUCGAUGCAAGGUGAACAAGAUCAUUUGGCGAAUGCAGUACCAGGACCUCUGGACGCCAUCUUAGAAUUCAACAAGAACCUCCAUCUGGACGUCAGCGGUGACACCAUCCCGAAUACAUUCAACCUGGAUGAUUUUGUGCAAAGUGCGACUGAAGUGGCCACACCAAGUAUAAGGAAUACACCAGACCUUGCGGUGACCGAUCAGGCUGUCCAAGAUGGUAAAAGAGCCAUUGAAGAUCUCAUACAAAUUACCUCGGAGUAUAGCCCCAAGCGUGCCGCCGAGAACAGACCAGCUAGCGUAGACUUUGCUCCUUCGCCUCAGCUUCUGCUCACCAACUCUCCACAUCUAUCGCAGGACCACGCCCAACACGUUCUCAACACAGCACCCCCGCAGUCACUCCAGAAGCUUGUGUCCUACCUACCCUCCUUGUACAAUCUGCUCAAUUCUAUUCCAGACGUGGCCAAUACUUUGAAGGAACUCAAUGACCGGUUGUCGAAUCUGGAAAGCAACAACUCAUUCAACUAUGUGCAUCCCGACGAUCUCCAUCAACAGUUCGAUCAUGUGGACGGCAGAUUAUUGCAUCUAGAAUCCCGAAUGGAUGACCAUGAUACGUUGCAUCAAACAAUUGACGCAAUGGACUGGAAAGAGACCGAGACACAGAUCAGUGGCAUUAAGGACCGAUUAGACGUCCUCGAGGCCUUCGCCAUGCCGCCUACCCUGACCAAUCCAUGGGAAAUCGAGAUUGUGCUAUUACCGUGGGGUCGAGACCUGAGGGGUAUAUGGUUCUCUCCAGACGAGCCAAUGCACGAUCCAUCCAACCCCACAACGCAGGACACAAAGGAGUGGACACAAGCACGGAGCUCCACGCGUGAGCAAGCGAAUGUUCCAAUCGCAUACAGAGAGACCGAUUCGUCACCAUUCCCAGCUUCAAGGCAUUCAUCGCGAAGCUCGCAUCCGUUCAGCGACACCGAGAGCGGUUGGUCCAGCCAAGCCAUUAGCAACUGGGCUUCCGGUUUGACAGACGAGCUGUUGUCGCCCAAGGCAUGCAAGAGUACCAAUCUAGUCUACAAGCGACUGAAAAGCAGAGGUUUUGUGAAAGAUAUUGUGCUCCGAAGUGGCAGCGCGAGAGACAUACAAGCGACUCUCUCGCAUACUUUCAAAGACAUGCUGGAGCAUCUCAAGUGCAACGACGAAGAUGACGAGCCUACGAUCAAAUCCUAUCCCGGCUUGCGCGCUUCGUUCAUUCCCCUGCGCAAAGUUCGCCACGACUCAAAAUUGCACUUUCUCACGCCCGCCGAAAUGUCGAGCUCGGCCCUCUGGUCCGCGCAGUUCCUUGCUGCAGAUGUCAUAAUGCAUGUGUCUGGCGGCAAAAAGCGACUCUACGUCACCCAGCGCGAAGCAUACGUGCAGUCCCAGGAUGAGAUGGGAAGUUGUUGGACGUGGCAAGAGCUACGUGAACUGCCUCGCUAUCGACCAGAAGCUGAGGUCCACGCGGAAGGCAAAGAUGGGCAGUGCCAACCGCAGGUAGCAGAAGCGGACGCAAAGGAAGCCUGCUGGGCAUAUUUCGAAGCGUACGACGCGCCACCGCCCAGCGUCCACUCGUCGUUUGGCAGCCACCAUUCUAUCGAGCUGUCUAUGCGCCCUGCUGAUCGCAGCUGGCGACGGUCGAUAACACCUGCGUCUAUCCUCAAGAACGCCAUGCCCCAACCGAUCUCUCCGCUGAGCGAGAAUCAUCUUCGGCGUCCCUCGUACGCUCGUCAACGUACAGUCUCUGCUUCCGUCUUGGAACCGAUCAACGCGACGUCGUCCAAGCGUCGAAUAGACAGCUCGCCCGUCAAGCACGCCUCCCUGCCGCAAGAUGCACAGGCUGGCGCUUCCACCCCCCGAAUGAAGCGUCGCAGAGUGUCCAGUAGCUCUCCUCAACCAGCUAUCGAUGCCAAUGCAGAUGCCACCGAAGUGCAUGUCACCGCUUGGACCAACACCCCCCGCCGCUCUCGCGAGCCCUUCUCGCCCUUCUUCUCUUCCGUCGCGGCGCCCCUCCCUCGCACGGCGUCAGACCUUACCAGUCGCCCUAGCCAGCGCUCUCUAGCUGCCGUUAGUAAAGGCACUCCUUUCGCAUAUGCAACUCCCCACUCUGGGCCUUUGAUUAGCGGCCCGGGUUCAGGGUUCCGCGGGGAUGGGGACACUGAGGCUGAUGAGGAUUUAUAUCAAGACGAAGGGGAUGAUGGCGAGCAGAGUUGGCGCGGUGUUAUGACCGGAGAAGAGGACAACGAUCUAGGUGAAGAUGUUGAGAUGGGCGCUGAAGAGGAUGCUAGCUUCUCGGAGGAGGAUAGCGGAUUCGACAGCGAUGGUGUGGACGGCGAUAGCGAAGACGAAGUGCUUGGGGAUGAGGGGUUUGGCGCGCAAAGAAUGGGUGCUGAAGACGCGGAGGAGGAAGAAGAGGACGACGAUCCGCUUGAUGCGCUGCUGGGCAUUUUGCAGGAUUGA